GUUGAGCAUGUUUGCCAGCGUAGGCCGUGAUCGGUCCAUUGCAUGCAGAGAGUGCACCAAAGAUAUAUAUAAAGUCGUUGAUCUUAUCUUAGAUUAACAAUAAUCAUGGCUCCCAUUCCACUCCCACCACCUUCCUCCCGAUUGGGAACGCUACAAACCCUUCGCUCUGCGAUCCAUAAAGCGAGUACUGGUGUCGAGCUCCUCCGACCUAUUACACCCUCAAUAACCUCCCGCCGCCAAAAGCUCUUGACGCAUUAUCCACCUGGAGUCGACUCAACCAAAUUGGCCUCUCAGGAUCCUUCGUUAGGAACAUUGCAAUUGGUGGAUGUGUGGCAGCAGAUGAAGGUUGCCAGGGAGGAGGAGAUGACAAAGAGGGGCAAACCUCCAAGGGUGUCUGUCUUGACAGGGAAAGCGAAGCCGCCACAGGCUGAUGGCACAAAGAAGGGCAAAAAGCGGAAGUAAAAUAUGUUUAUGGGCCGAGUUGCAAGUGAAUUAAUAUAUUGUAUUGUCACGCGGAGCGAGCUUGCAGUUAUCGCAAACGUCCCUGAUUGUUGUCCUUUCCGCCCACCGUCUCAAGUGUAUUUCGUAUCCGUUCUAACACAGCUUCGGGUGAAG